AUGUCUGAAACAGUGGCCCUGCAGGACGUGGUUGAUGAUGGUUGCAGACAGUUUGGAGACAGAAGACACUUCAGCAUCUUCAUGUACGCCAACAAGGAGGCCAGCGGCAUCGAUACACUGUGGAACCAAAAGGGGAAAUCAUCAACAUCUGACCGGCUGGAGGUACCUCCCGUCUCCAAGGUCUCGGACCCCGGUCGACGACGCUUCGAGCUACUGGAGCCAAAACUCGGACCAGAACGAACUCGGACGUCGCCCAUCCUACCCGUCGGGUUGAUCACUUUGAAUAAUAACAACAUUAAGGUUUUCACAAUAGGGGGCAAUGCCUUCGGAGGCCCCUGUCAGUUCCCAUUUAGUUUUCAGGAGAAGUGGUACGCUGAGUGCACAAAGGACGGUCGCUCAGACGGACAGCUGUGGUGUGCAACAGAGAGAGAUUACGAUAAGGCGAAGAAGUGGGGCUUUUGUCCCAGUCAAGCAUCCUCAGGUUGGGACACUGACCCGGUCACAGGGGUUCAGUAUCAGAGGAACGCACAGUCAGUGCUGACCUGGAGUCAGGCCAGGAAGAGCUGCCAGCAGCAGGGAGCCGACCUCCUCAGCAUUGUAGAGCUGCAUGAGCAGUCAUACAUUUCAGGGUUGACAAAUAAUUUGGGAACAGCUCUGUGGAUUGGACUGAACAGCUUGGAUUUUGAGAGUGGAUGGCAGUGGAGCAAUGGAAACCCCUUCAGAUAUUUAAACUGGGCUCCAGGUCACCCUUCGUCAGAGCCCGGGCUCACCUGUGCGACCCUAAAUGCUGCAAAAGCGUCAAAAUGGGAGAGCAGCGCCUGCACCAAGAAACUUGGUUAUAUUUGUCGGAAGGGAAACUCUACCAGCCUGCCUCCACCACCAGUCAAAAACCAGCCCAGCUUCUGCCCCAGUCACUGGGUGCCAUAUGCAGGAAACUGUUACUACCUGCAGAGGACUAAGAAGAUGUGGAGGGAGGCUUUGGAUGCGUGUCACAAAGAGGGGGGAGAUCUGGCCAGCAUAAGCAAUAUAGAAGAGCAGAGCUUCGUAAUAUCUCAAUCUGGAUACUUGCCGACAGAUGUGCUUUGGAUUGGCCUCAAUGAUCAGAAGAACCAGCUGCUGUUUGAAUGGUCCGAUCACUCCCACGUUACCUUCACCCAGUGGCAGACUGGGGAGCCAUCUCAUGCCACCAACCUACAGGAAGACUGUGUCCUCAUCAGAGGAAAGGACGGGAGGUGGGCUGACCACUCAUGUGAGAAGGCGUAUGGAUACAUCUGUAAGAGUAAGGCCUCCACUAAACCAGCUGAAGGCGCCCAAGAGGAAGCCAAUCCAGGAUGCAAACUUGGCUCAAUCAGGUUUGGUUCUUAUUGUUACAACAUUGGAUCUGAGUCAAAAACCUUUGAUGAGGCACAGCGGGCAUGCUCAGAGACUGACGCUCACGUGGUGGAUGUGAAUGAUAGAUAUGAGAAUGCCUUCUUGGUCAGUCUGGUGGGUUUGAGACCAGAGAAGUAUUUCUGGACAGGUUUAUCGAACACAGCCAACAUUAACACUUUCUCGUUGACCACCAAAAGAAAAGUCACAUUUACUCAUUUCAAUGUGGGCAUGCCAGACAGACACCAAGGAUGCGUCGCGAUGACAACUGGCAUUUUCGCUGGAUUAUGGGAUGUUGUCAGCUGCAGCAACAAGGAGAAGUAUGUCUGUAAGAAACUAGCAGAAGGGGUACCUGUGACAACAGUCGCACCUACCACCCCCGCCCUCAGCUGUGAUGCUGGCUGGACCCCCGUGGGCAAGAGGAAUGUCUGCUACAAACUUUACAAAAAAACAGCGGAGCAUAAGAAGACUUGGCAGGAAGCUCUGGACUUCUGUAAGGCCAUCGGUGGGGACCUGAUGAGCAUACACAGUACGGAGGACAUGAGCAACGCUCAGUUUCGUUCCGCUGACGGAGCCUGGAUCGGCCUCAGUCUAGGUACCAAUGCAGGUUUUGGAUGGAGUGAUGGAUCAUCUUUCGAAUUUGAGAACUGGUCCUUUGGGGAACCAAAUAACCACAAUGAUGAUGAACACUGUGCAGAAAUCCACUCUUACUACGGACGGCACUGGAAUGAUCGGCACUGUGAGUCCUACAAUGACUGGAUCUGCCAGAUACGCAAAGGUGUGACUCCGAAACCGGAGCCUGUCAAAUUUACAGAAGUAAACAACAUCACAGAAGAUGGCUGGAUUAUCUACAAUGACACACAGUAUUUAAUCAACAAUGAUAAUCUCGACAUGGAAGCUGCUCGAGCCUUCUGCAAGAAGGGCUUUGGAGAUCUUGCAGUCCUCACAGGGGAGAGUGAGAGGAAGUUCCUUUGGAAACGGGUAGCAAAAACCGGAGGACAGUUCUACAUUGGCUUGUUAGUGAAUUUGGACAAAUCAUUCAGGUAAAUAAAACUACUGUAUUUCGUCUCGUUGGAUUACUAGUGUAGGUAUAUUGGGUACUUCCCAUGUGUGGGGAAAACUUCUGUGUAGCAAUGCAGGAGGAGUCACCGACUCAAAAGGAGACACGGGGAGA